CUUAAAUCCUCUACUUUCUUCGUUCCCUUCUCGUAACCCCUCUUUCGUCACUUGCGAUGCAUUCGAAAACUGGUUAGUCCGAUGCCGGCUUCAUCGAGCUCGUUAUUCUUUACUUUUAUUUUGAGUGGCAUUUUUUUGAAUCUUGAUUGAACCUUUUAUUCGUUGCGAUGAUUUGUUUUGGUGCGCCAUGGGCAUCUUAUGGGAGCCGUUUUGCCCGUCCCAAGAACUGUAAUGAUAGUUGUCAUUAAGCUCAUGAUAGGGAUUGAAUAUCUUGCUAGAGAUAGGAAUGUGAUAGUAUGAUACUCUUUGAGAUUCAUUAGGCACUUUCUUUUUGUGUAAGCAUCAAUCUAUGUUUCAUGAAUUUAGUUUAUGGGAAACUGAUAACAAAGAUCGAUUCCCAUCAUCGACCAUUAUUUUUGGUGAAAAAGGAAGAAAAGAAAGUAGGCAUUCCAUUGUUUGUGGGAAACAUGAUAUCUCAAGGGACAAAUUGAUGAGAGUGACUCCAACUUAAUUCUCAUCCAAGAUGCUUUAUGUCCUUCAGAUCCUUGUUUCCUUGGAAGAAAAUUUUGGAAAAAUCAAGGAUGACACCAAAGAUAAUCCUGUCCUUCAUCCGCAACUGACUAAGAAAUCAUCAAGUUUUGCCUCAUUGUCUUAUUAUCAUGCUAUAUAUGCAUUCCUUCUUUCUUUUGAAUUUUACAACAAGGAAGAAAUGUUUGCUACUGCGAUCUCCAUGUCAAAGCCAGGUUUUCCUAGAUUUUUGAUGCCAUAUGCUGUUGUAGUAUCUGAGAAAAUAAUCAAGCAACAAAAUCUUCGGUUGGGUCUGUCAUUUAGUGAGAGAGAUUGUAUUUGUUCCAUGACUUGUCAAGCUGUCAUCUCUUAGGCAGUGCAGGAGACCGAGUUUGCUGGAUUGACUUUUUUCCGGUAGGAAAGUCUAUUGCUAACUUGGCAUGCUUCUCUGGUGAAAGACCCACAAUGGCAUUCUUCUUUGGGACCAUUCCAUGUCUUAAGAUGCAGAGUUCAAAACUUCUCAGAUCUAAAGGUGAUCAACCAGGCUCAUAGCCUGAUUAGUAUGUCAAGAAGAGGCGAGUGCCAGAUAAGCUUCGAGAAAGAUGGUAGACUCUAUUUUGUGGCAACAUAUUUCAGCCUGCAACCACUAUUGGGACACCUAGUCCGUGUUUCCAAAAUAAUGUUUCUGCCUAUUUGAUUAUCUACAAAAUAGAAGCAUUGCAUUCGAUCCCAUAUAUUCACCCUGCUAUACUGUCAAAUUCUUGAAGUUUUUGAUUUUUCUAAUUUUGGAAAGCAGAUGUAGAAUGACAAUUUAAUCCCAGAUACUGUAGUUGGGAAGGUUAACUUUUUGAAGCUCGACAAAUACCUUAGACAAAGAAGUCCCUUUACCAUCAUUUGCUGCAUAGACAAAAGAGACAAUAACAAGUCUUUCCCGAAGUGAAAUCAACUUCUUCUAGAGAAGGUCUACGGAGUCACAACAUGAACAGCGUAGGCAACCUUGAUAGGAUAUAUCAACAACUAAGGUUUAGAUAUUUUAUGAACUAUGGAGUAUGAACCAUUUAGAAUGCAAUAUGUCUUGAUAUUCCCAACAAGCCUUGAGCUCAUUUGAGAAAAAAGCAAUAAAAAAUAUUCAAGCCAUUUCAUAGUCAGAGAAUAAUAAAAAAGGCAGUGUUAUACACAAUCAGAGCAGGUAAAUGAUACAGCUUUCUGUCAGACAAUUCUGUAUUAAAUUAGUCAUGAUGAUAUACUGAAUUAUAAUUAUAACCGUUUAUGAUGCAGAGGGGAACAUAUUCAUAAUUGUUUAUGGUGUCAUUCUUAGAAAUUUCAUUAUUGAUAAUCAUUAUAGCUUUACAUAACAUUCUUCUUGUUUCUUUAUAGAGGCUUGCUCUUCUGUUCCUCCUUGUUUCUUUAUUAGUAUUUUCACAUAUUAUAACUAAGUUGUCAUCAAACUUUAUAUCUGGUUCAUGUGGUGGUUCUACUUUACAAGAUCACCUUUGCAUGCCAUAAACUGGAUCAGCCUAGGUUUCAUUGUGUCCUUUUCGAAUAAAGCUCCUGAUCCAGAAAAAGAUAGUUUUGCUGUGCAAGAAUUUCUUGCCAAUAUGGAAGGGGCUUUUAGGGCCCAUACACUUUGGGCUGGUAGUUCAGAAGAAGAGCUGGAAAGUGCUGGUGAGGGACUGGAGAAAUAUGUCAUGACAAAACUGUUUAAUCGGGUUUUUGCAUCGCUGCCAGAAGAUGUGAAGCAUGAUGAUGAACUUUUUGAGAAGAUGGCUUUACUACAACAAUUUGUACGCCCUGAAAAUCUGGAUAUAAAACCAAACUUCCAAAAUGAAACAUCAUGGCUGCUUGCACAAAAGGAACUGCAGAAGAUCAAUAUGUAUAAGGCUCCUAGAGACAAACUUGUUUGUAUCCUGAAUUGUUGUAAAGUCAUUAACAACUUAUUGCUAAAUGCUUCUAUUUCAUCAAAUGACAACCCUCCUGGAGCAGAUGAAUUCCUUCCAGUUCUCAUUUAUGUUACAAUAAAGGCAAACCCUCCGCAAUUGUAUUCAAACCUGCUAUACAUACAGCGGUACAGGCGUCAAUCACGAUUAGUCGCUGAGGCAGCAUAUUUCUUCACAAAUAUUCUCUCUGCAGAAUCUUUCAUCUGGAACAUUGAUGCUCAGUCACUUUCAAUGGAUGAAGUAGAGUUUCAGAAGGAAAUGGAAUCUGCUAGAGCACAUUUAUUAGGCCUAUCCACCAACACAGAGAGUCAAAGAAAUCAAACCACUUUAGAUGCUAUGGAGAAUAAGAUAGGGACAUUGAGGGCUAAUAGAAAUUCAGACAGUUAUUUGUCUGCGAGAAAGCAUGAAGUUCCAAACCAAUCAUUUGAGGUAAGUAUAGGCCGAGAUACGAAGGAUAAAUCAAUUGCACACAGGUCAUCCAUGUCAGAUUUGGAGGAGAAAGGAGCUACUGAUAUUCUGAAGGAUGAAAACUUAAGUAGACAUUUCCAAGAGUACCCAUUCUUAUUUGCUCGUGCUGGAGAUUUGACAGUUGAUGAUGUAGAAAACCUUCUGAAUUGCUAUAAACAACUUGUUCUUAGGUAUGUAGCUCUUUCCAAAGGAAUGGGCGUCGGUAGUGAAUCUCUUCCUGCAACCAGUGAGCAGACACCAGCAAAACCUGAGACCACUCAGGAGCCUGAAGAUGUAGCAGAAACAGAGAUGAAUGAUGAAAAGGUUGAUGUCCUUAGUGGAAAAAAUGACGAUUCAAGUGAGAAUUUGACUUCAAGAAUGGACGACACCGAGACCAAGAAAGAUCUGGAUGACUCGGUUGCCCAUUCAGAUGUAGAAAAGGAUGAUGAAUUCCGUUAGCCUUAUUUUUGCAAGAUGUGUGAAGCGAACAGUGGAUUCUGCUCUAUUUAUACUAGAUGUCACAGAAACUAUUGUAUAUGCUUAAGGCAAGUGUCAGCGGAGAGCACAGUUGUACGCCUAGGAGCAGUAAGGUGGUGUUUGAUUUAGAAGAUUGAAGUUCAGAGGGAGAAACAAUGGAACAUGGCUGCAUUUUACAGAGAAAAGUAACUGCAUUGCAUCUGUCCUCAAGAAACAUAAGCAAACCAAAUCCUGCUUGACCUAUUAAUUCUACUAUACAUCUUGGUGAGGUGUCUCUGGCCGUCUGCAUUUCCUCCUGAUCUCAGAUCACCUUUCCCAUGCCACAGAACGUGCCAACUCUGAUUUCAUGGAUCACUGAUCCAUUAUGUGCUUUGUCAGGUGUUUCUUGGUCUUUUCAGAAGCUGGUCACUUUUAUCAUGCUUUUGAGAGCAUUUGACAUUUUUGAAAUUGAUUCGUUGGAGCAGCAUUCCACUUAUUGCUGUAGUGCUCGUUGGUUUGGAUGAUGAGAGCAUUUGACAUCUUGAAUUGAUUCGUUGGAGCAGCAUUCCACUUAUUGCUGUAGUGCUCCUUGGCUUGGAUGAUGCUUUCUGCAUUCUCCUCUUUGUAGUUACAUCUUUCUCUGAUUAAUACCCAGGGCUUUGCUUA